UCAUUCCAUUGCUAUCUGCGUAAAAGUUCACGAGUGCACUCAAAGUGUUUAGUCUUGCCAAGUUUACAUAGCUGAGCGGUGCUGUUACGUACCUUUUUAUUGUAAACAAUCGAACAAUAACAUCACUUUGACAAUGGCAGAUUUACGCAUAUUUCUUCACCUAGCCGCAGCAUUCUAUUUUUACUAUAGCAUCUACGGUUUCGCCGGUAUCGAGUUUCCCCCGGAUAUGUUACCAUUCGGGGUCAAAUUCGGUGGGAUGUGGAAGUAUCUAACCAUUUGGAAUGCGGUCCUACAAGCAAUCUAUUUCACCGUGGCCUUGAUAAACGAUCUUAUAGGUACCAAUGAGAUUUCGCCGCGAACGAAACCAAUCAGCAGAAAGUUAAAGGACUACCUAUUUGCGACAUUUGUCUUUCCUGGCGCGAUGCUCGUAGCAAUCACGUUUUGGGUUAUCAUGACCAUUGACCGGGAGCUUAUGCUUCCCAAAGCACUGGAUCCAAUCUUUCCAAAUUGGCUCAAUCAUGCUCUGCAUACAAAUAUUGUGCUUUUCGUACUGCUCGAAGUUUGCACCAGUUUCCGACAGUACCCAUCUCGCAAAGAUGGUCUUACCGGGAUACUUUCGUUCGGAGUAUGUUACCUCGCCUGGCUACACGUUAUUCGUCACUACGGUGGUGUUUGGGUCUAUGGUGUGUUAGAAGUACUUAAUCUUCCCAUGCGUAUUGCGUUCUUUGCCGCUAUUUUGGGACUUUCUGUUGGACUGUACCUUUUCGGAGAGUUGUUCAACAACGCUAUCUGGAUUCGAGAGCUCUGGACACUGAGAUCCGCCACCAAGAAGUCGAAAUAAACGAUCAUUUGUAAAGUUUAA